CCCCUCUUUCCUCCCUUUUAAGCCUUCUCUUUUUUAGCUCUCUCCACAUUCUUCAACCCCAUCCAUAGUCUUUUACAGACUAAGUAUGGGAAAAGCUAUAAGGUGGCUUAAAGGCCUGUUUGGGAUAAAGCUAAAAGAUAUAGAGAUUGAAGAGAAAGCAGCCGAGAAGAAAGGUCAAGUCAUUGGCAGCUCCGGGAGAGGUGUCACCGCCACCGCCGCCGCCUUGUGUAACAACCCCACCACCAUUCCGCCCAACAUUACGCCGGCAGAGGCUGCAUGGCUGAGCUCCUUCUUCUCCGACAAGGAGCAGAGCAAGCACGCAAUUGCCGUCGCCGCCGCCACAGCUGCCGCCGCCGAUGCGGCCGCCGCAGCUGCCCACGCCGCCGUGGAGGUGGUCCGCCUCACCAGCCAAGGCGGAGGAGCCUAUUUUUCCCGGGAGAAAUUCGCCUCGGUCAAAAUUCAAGCUGCAUUCCGUGGAUACUUGGCGAGAAAAGCACUUAGGUGCUUGAAAGGGUUGGUGAAGAUUCAAGCACUUGUGAGGGGAUAUUUGGUGAGGAAACAAGCGACGGCCACUUUUCACAGCAUGCAAGCUUUAAUGAGAGCUCAAGCCAGUGUUCGAGCCCACAAAUUUCGAGCUUCUUUUUUAAAUCACCAAACUUCUUGUCCUCGUACCUUUCACUCUCGAAAAUCAAUUGGAAGGUCCGAUGAAACGACGAGGAGUGGAAGACACCCAUCGCCGUUUGAGGGAAACGACGACAACCCAAAGAUUGUAGAAAUAGACUCGGCGUUUAGGCCCGCGGGCAGACGGUCGAGACGGGCCAACACUUGGGUGCCCGAGCCCGGGCCCGGGGACGAACCAUUCGGCGCCGGCCCCUCAUUUUCCUCUCCGCUCUCCUGUCGAAUUCCGGCCCGCUCGUCGAUAACCGACUGGGGGAACAUUUCCGGCGACGAGUGCCGGUUUUCAACGGCGCAAAGCACCCCGAGAUUCCCCAAUUCUUGCGGCUCCAGAACCCCGGUCACGCCGGCGAGCUUCGACAACUUCCCUAACUACAUGGCCGACACGGAAGCAUUCCGGGCCAAACUGCGGUCCCAAAGCGCCCCCAAACAACGGCCCGAGCCCGGACCCGGCCCGGGCCCAAAGAAGAGACUAUCCCCAAUCAUAAUGGAAUCAAGAGCGAGUGUGAGUGGGGGGAGAAUGGCGAGAAUCUCAUGCUCACAAGCUCAAGAAGUGAUGAACUUCAAGAAUGCAGUGAUGGGUAGGCUGGAUAGAUCCAUAGAGUUUAGUGAGGAAUUGAAGAUGUUGUUAUGAUGAGAAUCUCAAGACAAAAUAGAGCCUAGGGAAUCAUGCACUCCUUUUAAAGCAAUGUUUAACCUAGAAAGGAAUGGAAAGUGAUAGAACAUGGAGAGAAUGUACGUAGAGAAAGAGGCAUGAUGUGAUUUGAGACUGCAUUGCACAACUUCUCGAGGUUGAUUUUGAUGUAUGUUGUUGUAAUUCAAACCAUCCAUCCUACCUCAUUAUUAACUAAUCAUAUUCCUCAUAAUUUAUAUAUGUAUGAGUGUUU